AUGAACCGUAAUUUGGCCCGUUGUCUCUAUUACUUCGCAUUCUACAGCGUAACUGCAGGGCUGUCUCUUGGUUAUCUCUAUUGGUACAUGUAUUUCCAGGUUCCUCUCAACUACCCAGCUCUAACAGGAAUGCAGAGCGCUCUGCAAAUGAACCCCGGAUUGACUUAUCUCCCCCAUCCGGACAUGUACAGCAGUGUUAUUGUCUUUCGACCUCGGGAGACACUGGACUACUUUAGAAUAGUGGAUGAACAGGCUGCUUUCCUACACCGAUAUCGUUACAGCUCCAUGAUGGGCAUGCUACGAGACUGUGCCUUGGAAAAUGAGUUUCAACAGGAUCAAAAUCGUCCAUGUAGGUACUACUUAGAUGCAGCAGGUCCAUGUGGUGCUCGAACACGCUUUGGAUCAGAUUUUAUAUGUAUUAUUCUCAAGAUGAAUCGCAUCUUUGGUUGGCUACCAGAUCCAGUUGACAGAAGUACGGGAGUGCUGGUAAAAUGUGCUGGUGAAACUGAAGAUGAUACAUUCAAUUUGGGAAAGAUUACCUACUAUGAUAUCGACUAUCGAUUUACCGCUACUCAAGUGCAAGUUGGAAAGGUGGGAAACGGAAGCUUCAAUAAGAUCUACUUUCCAUAUCGCAGUCAAGGUGGCUACCAGGACCCACUGGUCUUCGUGAAAUUUGACAACGUUGCAAAGCACAAGUUCAUUCGGGUGAAAUGCUGGCUUAUUGCGAAAAAUAUCAAAGUAGAUUUAGCGAGAAAUGAAGGUAGCGCACGAUUUGAAAUUCUGGUUGAGUAA